AUGAGCACGCAGCGCGGCAACGUCAAGAAGCGCGCGCCCAAGCACCAGAACGCCUUCGCGUUCAAGCACAACCCCAAGUCCAAGAAGACGGAGCGCAUCAUGUCCAUGCCCAUCCACGGCCUCUGCGAGAAGUGCCGCAAGCAGAUCGAGUGGCGCAAGAAGUACCGCAAGUACAAGCCGCUCACGCAGCCCGGCUCCUGCAUCUACUGCCACCAGAAGACCGUGACUUCCGCCUAUCACGCGUCCUGUGACCCUUGUGCCAAGGAGCGAGACAUUUGUGCCAAGUGCUGUUUGUCCAAGGAGAUCGUCGCAAGGUGCCAAGAGUUGUUGGCGGAGCACGAGAAGAAGGAGCGCGAGUUCGAGAACCAGCUGGAGGGCAUGCGCGAGCGCGACCGUCGCGCGUAUUUGCGCAAGCUGGAGAAGGAGAAGGAGGCAAUCACCAACGGAGAAGGCGCCGGUGGUGCUGAAGGCAACGGCUACGAGUCCUACGACGAAGAAGACGACGAGGGCAUGCAGUGA